AACAUAAAGUUUUAGCAACUACCACAGAGCACGGGAGAGAGCUAUAGACUAAAAUGGCAGAAACUGCAGUGUCUUUUGCUAGUCAGCAUGUGCUUCCAAAACUUUUGGAAACCGUAAAGAUGCUGCGAGAUCUCCCAAAAGAAGUUGAAGAAGUUACGGAUGAACUAAAAAGCUUUGAAGUUUACAUCAAUAUUGAUGCAAAUAGAGUGGCUGAAGCUGAAAAAGAUCGCGAUACGAGCGAAAGAAUAAGGAAAAGGUUGAUGAGGCUGAGAGAAGCGGCUUUUCGCAUGGAAAAUGUCAUCGAUGACUAUGUGAUGAUAUGUGACGCAAAUCAACCUGAAGAAGGUCCUCGAUGUGCAGCUUUACUCUGUGAGGCUGUUGAGUUCAUCAAAACUCAAAUCCACCGCCUUCAAAUAGCGUAUCAGAUUCAGGAUGUUAAGUCACUUGUUCGAGUGGAAAGAGAUGGCUUCAAAAAGGAUUUUCCUACAGAACCAAUAUCAAAUGGUUCUAGCGGAAAUGAAAAUUUCACAUGGCAUAAACUUCGAAUGGAUCCUCUCUUUUUUAAGCAAGAUGAGGUUGUUGGCUUUGAAGGCCCAAUACAAACACUGAAAAAGUGGUUGACAGAGGGAAGAAAAGAACGCACUGUCAUCUCUAUUGUAGGAAUGGCAGGAUUGGGAAAAACCACUCUUGGUAAGCAAGUUUUUGACACGGUAGAUAAACACUUUGAGUGCCAUGCAGUGGUCACAGUGUCCCGACCCUAUGAUGUUUUACGGUUUCUGAGAGAACUGACGAAGAAGCUUUACAGAGAAAGUAAGGAGGAACCUCCUCGGGAUGUUGCAACUAUGGAUCGAAUGUCGUUGAUAGAAGAAAUCAGAAACCGCUUGUGCAAUAAGAGGUAUGUCGUCUUCUUUGAUGAUGUAUGGGAGGAAAAAUUUUGGGAUGAUAUUGAAUCGGCUCUAAUUGAUAACAAAAACGGAAGUAGGAUAUUAAUCACUACCCGGGUUGAGAAGGUUGUGGACUUCUGUAAGAAAUGUUUAUUUUUUGAGGUGCAUAAGAUAAAACCUUUAAGUAAAGAAAAAUCACUGGAAUUGUUAUGGAGGAAGGCAUUUGGGUAUGAUUUUGAUGAGCGUUGUACAAAAGAUUAUAAAGAAGUAGGUCUGGACAUUGUUAGAAAGUGUGAGUGUUUACCUUUAGCAAUUGUAGCCAUUGGUAGUCUUUUAAGCACAAAACCUAAAAGUCCAUCUGAAUGGGGCCGGUUUAGUAAAAAUCUAGAAAGCAACCCCGAGUUAGACAGUGUAAAAAAAAUUUUGAGUUUGAGUUACGAUGAUUUGCCACAGAAUCUGAGGUCAUGUUUGUUGUAUUUUGGAAUGUAUCCUGAAGAUUGCACAGUUAAAUCUGGUAGAUUAAUUCAGCAAUGGAUAGCUGAAGGGUUUAUCAGAUAUGAAAAUGGAAAAACUUUAAAAGAAGUUGCAGAAAAAUAUUUAAUGGAGUUGAUUAAUAGAAGCUUGGUGCAAGUAUCAUCAUUUAGCACAGGUGACAGAGCCAAAGAAUGUCGUGUUCAUGACUCAAUACAUGAAAUGAUUCGUGAAAAAAUGAAGAAUACAGGGUUUUGUGAGCAUAGUGAUGAUGAGCAUAAUCAGUCGGAGUCAAGUGGUAUCAUUCGACGCUUAACAAUAGCAAAAAGUUCAUACGAUUUAAGUGGACCUAGUGAAGGAUCUCAGUAUGUUCGGUCAAUUCUAAUUUUGACGAAGGAAGUCUUAUCUGAACAAUUCAGCAGGGCCUUGCUUGCAAAAUACACGCGGUUGAAGGUGCUUGACUUUGGAUAUGCUAGAUUAACAGAAAUCCCUGAAAAUUUGGGGAGUUUAAUCCACUUGAAGUAUCUAAGCUUCCAGAGUACAUCUAUAAGCAGUCUUCCAAAAUCCAUUGGUAAUCUACAGAACUUGGAGACCUUGGAUAUUCGAACAGGAAUGAGGAUUGAGCUGCCAAAAGAGAUUACGAAGCUCAGAAAGCUACGUUGUCUUUUGGGUAAACCACUAUCUUCCAUUUCAGUGAAGGAUAGUCUUGGAAGCAUUACAUCCCUGGAAAAGAUGCAUGUAUUGUUAAUAGAUCCAGAUGGAGUGGUGGUUAGAGAGCUAGCAAAGCUAACGAAAUUAAGUGAUUUGAGGGUUUCUGAUGUUAAGGGUGAUCAUGCCAACACUCUAUGUGCCUCAAUAAACGAGAUGCCACUCUUGGAGCGAUUACAUAUCUCCUUAAAUUAUGGUGCUCGAGAAAUUGACUUGCACAUUAGCUCAUCCUUGUCUGAACUAAAGAAGCUCCACCUGUGUGCCAAUUUAAAAGAGUUCCCAAAUUGGAUUCUAUCGCUCGAAAAUCUUUUGAAAUUGUCUUUGGUUGAUUCCAGGUUAACUAACAUUCCUUUGAUAUCUCUGGGAAAUAUGCCAAAUUUGUUGAUCCUCUCUUUUGGCCCCCGUUCUUUUGAAGGAGAAACUCUGCAUUUUCAAAAUGGAGGAUUUCGGAAGCUAAAGGAACUAAAGCUCAAACGUUUGUAUCAAUUGAGUUCCAUCUUUAUUGAUAGCGGAGCUCUGCAAUCUUUGGAAAAGCUCGAGAUAUUUUCUAUUCCACAACUGAAGACAGUACCCUCUGGUAUUCAACACUUAGAGAAACUCCAAGUUCUCGACAUCUUGCGUAUGCCCACAGAAUUUCAACAGAGCAUUGACCCCAAUGGAGGGGAAGACCACUGGAUGAUCAAACAUGUGCCCCAUCUACAUUUUGUCACCAAAAAUCGUGGUUUGCUAAAGAUCCAGGAACUAGCUAACAUUUUAGCUUCGCAGAGAAAAAUGAAGCAGAUAAUGUAGCCGUCGGGAACUGAGGGAACAUGUUAUGGAUCUACCGUUCUGCUUUGGAUCAUUAUGGCAAGUGCAAGAAUAAAAAUAUGAGGGUGCUUUUUGCACUUGGUUUCUGAAUAGCCUACUUCUGAAAUUAGAUAGCACAGAUUUUAUCAUCGCUUUUCCUGUUUGGCUACUUGUAUUUUUUGUUACUUUUGUUAUAAUUUGACCUAUGGAUAUAUCCAAGGUUUUUUUUUUUUUUGGCACUUCUAGUACCUUUUAAUAUAUUCUAUGUUAGCUUAUAAAAAAGAAAUAAGCACAAAUGUCUAGCUAAAGUUUCAACAAAUAUCAUAUUGUUCUGUAUGAAGGCAUUUGAGUAUGGUUCUGUUGGAGGCUGUCCAGAAGAACCUCAAAUCCAUUUUCUUCUGAAUUGAUCUUGCUAUGAAAUUCUGCAUAAA